UAACACCUCCCUCUUCCCCUCCCUGAUCUCGUCCGAUCGAUGGGUCUCAAGACGGAGAACGGCUCGGCGGCGUCCGGAUUCAAGUUCCUCAUUUACGGCCGCACCGGAUGGAUCGGCGGCUUGCUGGGCCGCCUCUGCACCGAGCGCGGUAUCCCCUUCGCCUACGGCGCCGGCCGUCUUGAGAACCGCGUCCAGCUCGAGGACGACAUAGCCGAAAACUCUCCUACCCACGUAUUCAACGCCGCCGGAGUUACUGGUCGCCCCAACGUCGACUGGUGUGAGACCCACCGCGCGGAGACCAUCCGAGCCAACGUCGUCGGCACUCUCACUCUCGCCGACGUUUGCCGCCAGCGUGGCCUAAUUCUCAUAAACUACGCCACCGGAUGCAUCUUUGAGUACGAUGACAAGCACCCUCUCGGCUCCGGCGUCGGUUUCGUGGAGGAGGACACGCCUAACUUCGUCGGUUCCUUUUACUCCAAGACCAAAGCCAUGGUUGAGGAGCUGCUGAAGAACUACGAGAACGUUUGCACCCUCCGCGUUCGAAUGCCCAUCUCAUCUGAUCUGGCAAACCCUCGGAACUUCAUCACCAAAAUCACCCGCUACGAUAAGGUCGUCAACAUACCCAACUCCAUGACCAUUCUGGAUGAACUUCUGCCGAUAUCAAUCGAGAUGGCAAAGAGGAACCUCACCGGUAUAUGGAACUUCACCAAUCCCGGUGUGGUGAGCCACAACGAGAUCCUGGAGAUGUACAGAGACUACAUCGACCCCAAAUUCACGUGGAAAAAUUUCACACUCGAGGAGCAAGCGAAGGUGAUCGUUGCUCCGCGGAGCAACAACGAACUGGACACCACCAAACUGAAUAAUGAGUUCCCAGAGCUUCUUCCAAUCAAGGAGUCUCUCAUCAAGUAUGUUUUCCAGCCAAAUAAGAAGAAAUCCGCCUCCUAAGUUGGUCUGUAGCAUUCUUUCUUCUCGGUUCAAUAAGUUUGUUUGUUCAAUUUACCCUGUCGAUUAAUGCACCCAUUGAACUACUAUAAGUUUGCAAGUGAUGUUUAAUCAUGAUUGAGCCCUCGGUCUGCUGCGCUUA